AUGGAUCCAUUGUGGCAGUUCGAACGCUCACCAGAUCAGCAAGGUUGUGUGUUUGACGUGUAUUCCUUCAUCGGGAUCAGCACAUCCACAAGCAGCUCCAUGGCUGUCGCCACGACCUCCAUGACUCUCAGGUCCUCAUUCAUCGGUGCACCGAGCCUCGAUAAGUUCUCUAACCAGGCCAUCCGGGUGGUGUCCGUUGCUCCCGCUGUCAGGAGGCCUGCGUCUUUCAAGGUGAUGGCAGUGUCGAAGAAGGCUGUCGCUGUUCUGAAAGGCACUGCUGGGGUCGAGGGCGUCGUCAAUCUGACUCAGGAGGAUGACGGCCCCACUACCGUCACUCUCAAGAUUACUGGUCUCGCUCCCGGCAACCACGGUUUCCACUUGCACGAGUUCGGUGACACCACAAACGGCUGUAUGUCUACAGGCCCUCACUUCAACCCUAAGGGCUUGACGCACGGGGCUCCUGGUGAUGAGAUUCGCCAUGCGGGUGACCUCGGCAAUGUUGUAGCCAACGCUGAUGGUGUUGCAGAAGCGACCAUUGUUGACUCUCAGAUCCCUCUUUCUGGACCCAACUCAGUUGUGGGACGUGCGUUUGUCAUCCACGAAGGAGAGGACGAUCUUGGCAAGGGUGGGCACGAGUUGAGCAGCACCACUGGAAACGCUGGUGGUCGUCUUGCUUGUGGUGUGGUUGGCCUGACUCCCCUGGAGGCAAGGGUGGUGGGGGUGGCGGCGGUGGUGGAGGCGGUGGAGGCGGUGGAGGUGGCGGUGGUGGCGAUGGGAGUGGUGGUGGAAGUUGAGGCUUCGGUGGCGGCUGCGGUGGUAGCGGUGAGAGUGGUGGUGGCAGCAGUGGGAGUGGUGGCGGCGACAGUGGAGGCGGACGGGGUGGAGCCGUUCAAAGGGGAGGUUCUGGCUUCUAAUCAAGAGGACUAG